GUUUAAUUUGAUAUUAAAUAGAAUUUAUCAAGCUAUCGUUUGUUCAAUGUACAAUCAAUAACAUUUUGCUCGUAUUAGAAUUAUUGAGUACGACGGGUUAAAAUCUCUAUGGUGAAAAGUGCUAGCGGUAGUCACAUAAUACGCAGUAACAGCAAAUAUCUAAAAUGGAAAAUCUCGCUGAUGAUCCCAGCUUUAUCGAUGCGAUCGUGCAUGAAGUGAAAUCUAAAGGUCAUUUCGAUCAAUUUCGAAAGGAAUGCCUGGCCGACGUUGACACCAAACCGGCCUAUCAAAAUCUUCGGCAACGGGUGGAAACGUCGGUUAGUAAAUUUUUGUCUCAGCAAAACUGGACCGCCGACAUCCGGCAUAAGAAUCAGCUGCGAGAGAAAUUAAGGAAAAACAUCAUUGAUUCUGGGUUUCUCGAAACAGGUGUAGAGCGUAUUGUUGAUCAAGUUGUGAAUCCCAAAAUAUCAACUGUUUUUCAUCCGAAAGUAGAAGAAAUCGUUUACAAUUACUUGGGUAUUGAAAAACCUAAACCGACAGUCAAUGGUAGUGGAUUGGAUAUACAAACUGAUUUUCUUCCUGAAGACCUCGAGGCAGUAAGCCCAGAUUCAGAUAAAAAAUCUUCCAGCACAUCAUCUGACUUGCAGAAUACACUGGAGCAUAGCACAAUUGAACCUGAGCUGAACGAAUCUAAAGAGAUUAUCGAUGAUUUCGAGUCUCCUGCUUUUGAACCGUUGCAAAUUCGCCCACCAAGUGAAACUAAACAGGAAAGCAGUGACUCAAAUACUUCUGUCAUUAGUGGUUUGACUUCACAGGAAUCGAUAGAGGAAGAUAAACUUGCAACGUCAGUCAAUGAUAUUCCUAAUCCGAAAUCAGUGGAAAAUGUCAGCAACACAAUUACUGGUCCGGAUGGGGCAUCGGCCAUUGACGGAGAUGCUACGGUUGGUACGACUAGUCCAGAAGCUGUUGCUAAUGAUUCACAGCUAUCACAAGUCUCCAGCAACAGUCGCCUUUCAAUUGUUACUAGUUCGGAAGGAAAUUUACAUCAACAGCAGUCGGUUCCAAACCCGCGGCUGGAUAUCACGGAAGAGGCACAAAUGCCAAAGUUUAACGAGAACUCCAAUGAAGAAGAAGGUGAAAUCAUGGAUAGUGAUGAGAGUAAAUCAGAUAUUGGUGAUCAGCCCGAGCCACCGAAAUCUAAUUUCGAUCUGCAUAAAGAAUCCUACGAGUUCAAGGGAACCGAGCGGAGCAGCAGGAUGAUUGAGAACGAAAACGAAAACGAAGAGCUAGCUGAAAGUGAAACAGUGUUACAGCAAGGAAAUGACAUCAAUUGUGAUAUUGAUGAUGGUAAAGAUCGGAGUUCGAAUCAGUCCGAUGAACAACCCAAACAAUCUCCAUGUGCUUCUAACAAAUACGACGACGAUUCAUCUCAAUCGGAACGAUCUCUGAGAAUAUGUGAGGAUUCCACGAUGGAGCAGAAAGCAAUGGAUACCAGUAGUCAUGUCGACAAUUGUGACUCAGCCAAAACUCCGCUGAAUGACGAGCACAGUACGGAAUCGGCACCGGAUGUGGAAAAGAUAGAUGGUUCACAAGUGGAGGUUGUCACAUUGGCCGCCGUUCAGCAACACGCUGACGGGGAAAAAGGGUCUGAGCGACGUCGUGUUUCCCGAAAACAUCAACAUCGUGAUAAUCGAAAGCGUGCAUCUUCCUCAUCCCAUCGGCACCGUACAUCGUCGUCGCGUGAACGCCGGUCACAUAGUUCAUCCAAGCACGGCAGUAGCACGAGCGGCAGCGGCAGUCGAAAAUCAGAUCAGCAUGAUAGGAAAAGUGAAAAUGGUAACAGUCAUCCGAUUGGUAAUCAUUCGAAACGAAGUCUUGAUAAGAAAAAAGUCAGCGAUGAUCAUUACAGUUCACAUGAAAAAUCUAAAAAACGACGAUCUACCGAUCGUGAUUCGAAUGAUGGUGCGGAAAAUGCAAAAUCUUCCAAACCCGGAGGUGAAUCUUAUACUUCAUCUGGAACUUCAGGAAACAAGGAGUCCGCGAAGAAUUCCUCUGGAUCACAGAGACAGAGUGGGGGAUCACAGGAAGAAAAUUCUAAAUUAAAUGAAUCGAUGGAAUCCAACUUCGAAGGAUUUGAUGAAGAACAAAUGACCAGGGACCGGAAACAUGUGCGAAAGGGCGUAGACAAAUCUUUGAAAGCAGGAAAAAAGCAACUGGAUGUUGCUUCAAAAGCGCCAAGAAAAACUAAGCGCAAUGACAAGAGUUCGAAAGAUACAACCAACAAACAGGAUUUGCCCAAUAUGGAAGUUUUUUCUUUUUCAUUCGAAAAACCUUCCAAACCAUCAAAGCAAGAUGAACAGACGGCCGAAGAAACAUCUACAUCCAGUAAUUUGACAGUGGGAAACGUUACCAUUGCGGAUGACGAUCCAGUUUUGAGAGCUGAUGAUGCAGCUUUACCCGCCGUUGAGUCAUUGGAUCAGCUUGCUGAAGGUGUCAUAAUUUUGGAACCAACAGAAAUUAAAAAUGUUACUUCAGAAGAAUUAUUUGGUGUGACGCAUAGUACUGAUGACACGUCGCAACUUUCACGUAAACAUUUUUCCAAGCCUGACUCCACAAAUAUGGCUAACUUUGCUGUCCAGCCAGUGGUGGUCGAUCAAAUUCUAUCUCAUGGAGAUAGUAUGGAUCUGGAACUCCUGAUUGGCGAGAAACAAUUCCGCGGAGACGAGUCUACGCUUGAUAAAAUUCAGCAAGGAUUGAAUAUAAUAAAAAAUAAAGCAAAGAAACCCAAGAUUGCUUCUAACUUUAACGAGGCCCGUAGACUUAUGAAAGUUCGCAAGCAAAUCGAGAAAAAGACCCGUGAACAAGCAAUGGUACUGGUGAAGCAAUUGAUCAACAAUCAUGGUGAUGCUAGCGAUAACGAGCAAGGAGUUGAACUGGAGUCUGCGUCUGAAGGCAGCAUAGUUCCGUCGUCACCAGUGAGGCCGCGCACGAAUGCAAAGAUUGUCGAAGAAGCGAAUGAAGAAGAGGAUUUGCUUUACUUCCCUGAAGCAAAAGAAGUAUUUCCGACAAAUAUCGGCCUGUUGGAGUAUUUGCAACAAAAGAUAAGUUCUGUUUCAUGUUCCACUAAGGUUUUAACGGAAUGUUCAAAUGAAGAUCUUGGCACUGACAAGACAAAACAAGUAGUAACUUCUAGCUCAUUUUGUUUUGAAAAAACAAAUGAAUCUCUGAUAUCGGGUGAUGCCGGUUUAUCAAAGCCGGAUGUUUACAACAAUUCUAUUCUGUGUGAAGCAAAUGAUGGACCAAAUGAAGAACGGAACGCAUCUUCAAUACUAAACAAUCGUAAUGCCAACAGUCAAUUGGAAUCGAAGAGCUUCGUGGGUGAGAAUCGGAGGGUCACAAAAAGAGAGCAUUCGAAUUCACCUUCAGGUCUGGACUACAAAGUAUUCGUAGAAGAUAAGACUAAUGAUUCUGCAGACAGUAUGAUCCUGGAAGGUAAUAACGCUACGAUACGUCAAAGUGCUCCUAAUCCUCGCAUCGGGAAAGCUAGACGAAUUGGCUUAUCCAAGCCAAAAAACCACAACCAGAUCGGCAACAGUAUCAGCACCGAGCUUAACGUCGUAAUUUCCGAAGCAACUCCGGCGGCAUGCAGUGCGUCCCCCACGGCUAACAACAACAACAAUGGUGCUAUAAAGGGCCAGCGAUAUUCCACUGAUGACCUGUACAAACCUCGUCCCACGGACGGUCUCCGAAGUCGAACACGCACUCGUGCUGGAGAGGUGCAAUAAGUAAAGCUACUGAAAUGUGUUAAUUCCCGCUGCUGUAAUGCGCAUUUAAGUUAAAGGUAGUACCUAUUGUUUAAACAUAAUGUAACGAUUUUGCAUCAGUUAUAGUUUUUGUAUGGUAAUA